GCGCAUGAACGUGAGUUUUGCAGUUUGUUGGUUAAAUGCGUGCGUGAAGGUUGGAGUGAAGAUUUUGAGCCGAACUCGAGUCCUAGUCCUCGCCGCAAUAAGUGGGUCAGAAUUGGAGACGUUCGAUUGGGCCAAACAAAAAGCUGGGCGCCACCGCAGAGUGCAGCUAAAACACGCCGCCAAAGAGAAGUGCACGAGGGUGGUACCAUGGGUAAAUGAGAUUCUACCGAAAACGCUUGGAAAAUGUAAACAAUUAGUAAAAACAGCGACGAUAAGCGAUUUCCAAAGAGUUUGCCAUCUUUUUACAUCGAUCAAACACUCGCAUAAUAAAGGAAGAAAAACUGACGAAUAAAUCGAAUUGAAGCAGAGUGACGACUAUGGGAUACCCUAGGACCGCGUAGAGUGAAUGAAUUUGACAACGAAAAAGCGCCACUCCAUUGACUGCCGCAUUGUGCUAUAGAAACGUGAUCUCCCCACUCUUAUGAUGGAACUUUUGUCAAACAAUUCGGUUCCGCAACAAAUGGCCAGCAGCAAUGCGCCGAGCGCCAACGGUGUGGCCAACUCCUCAACGGCCAACGGAAGUGGAGGCGGCAGUGUAAGCAGCAACGGCAGCAACUCCUCCGAGCGACUGCUGGCGGGCAUUCUGGAGAGCUUUCCCGCCUGGGACCUCAACGUGGGACUACUGCCCAACGUGGGCCAGAGCUCACCGCCACGGGCAGACUUCUUUAUCAAUAACUUCCUGGGCGGCCUGGACACGCAUGGCGACUUCAGCAUUGGACCCAUUGGUAGCGGUGCCCGCAGCAAUCCAAAGAUGUCGCCAGAGUCAUCAAACAAUUCGAGUAUCAGCUGCGGCUGGUGCGAGGUAAGUGCUUCAAUACGUUGCCUGGAGUGCAACGAGUUCAUGUGCAACGACUGCCUGAGGGAGCACCGCAACAGUCCGCUGUCCUCCAACCACUCGAUCGUCUCCUUGCCCACCCCUAUUGGAGCCUCCCCCACGGGUGGCAGCUCGGUAAGUGCGCAAACUCCGCCCAGCGGCAACUUUAUCUGCGACAUACACAACGAGAUGUUGCGCUACGUAUGUGACUACUGUCGGAAACUGGUGUGCCAGUGCUGCACACUGCACGAACACAAGGAGCACAGCUACGCGUCCAUCCAGAGCUUUAUGGUGGGCUCAAAGGAGAAGCUGGAAGGCGCUAUUGAAAGCAGCCAGGUAGGCACGCGCUGCAUUAAGAGCAGCAUUGACAAAGCGCUGGCCUUCAUUCGGCUUAUCGAGCGCAAUUGCAGUGAGCUGAGCGAUAAUAUACGAAAGGCAUUCCGUCAGUUUAUUAUUGCUAUCGAAGACCGCGAGCGUUUCCUUUUAGACUUUGUGGAAAAGCUCCGCCAGCGUCGUCUGGCCAUCCUGCACGAUCAGAUGGCAGGCUUAAAGUCUGCUCUCGCUGGACUCUCCGAAACCUCAGAUAUGCUUAGUAAGGUGGCGGAUAAUGCCUGCAACAUGGACCAGAUCGAAAUUGCCAUGAAGUUGACCAAUGGCCAGCGGCAAAUGGAGCAGUUUGCGGGCAUCUAUAAGGACCUACAGCCAAAACAGGAAGUCUUUGCCUUCGCCCCACCAGAUUACAGCUUGCUACAGGACAUCCGCAACCAGGGCGGCGUAAUCCUGGUGGACGACAAAAACUUGCCCAUCGUCUCUAGCAGCAACGGGAUUGUGCCAAGCGUCUCGAGUGUAAAUGCCGUGGCCGCGGCCUCCGUGGGAGUUGUAGGAGGCGUUGCUGGAGUAGUCGGAGGCGUUGGCGUUUCAAACGGUAUGGACUUGGCCUUCGGUAUGAACAUGCCCAACAAUCCAAUGAGUGUUGCUUCCUCAACUGUUCGACGUCCUCUGUUGCGAGACAAUAGCUUCCGGAUUCCAUCGCCCAUCCUGCAACCACGCGGAGGAAGUGCUUGUGGGAUGUCCGGUGGCAUGUCCAGCGCUGCGCUUGAUUGGGAACUCAAUGGACUGCGCAGCUCACCGGGAUUACACUUCAGUGCGCCGCGAACCACGCAGGCCAUUCCGGGAUGCAUGGAUCUGGUCAAGGUGCGUAACUCAAAUGCUCUCUCGCUAUCCUUCGCCACUGAGGGCCACGAGGACGGACAGGUGAGCCGGCCAUGGGGUCUAUGCGUGGAUAAGAUGGGCCACGUGCUCGUAUCCGAUCGCCGCAACAAUCGCGUUCAGGUUUUCAAUCCCGAUGGCUCCCUGAAGUUCAAGUUUGGCCGCAAAGGUGUGGGCAAUGGAGAGUUCGACCUGCCCGCUGGAAUCUGUGUUGACGUUGAUAAUCGAAUUAUUGUGGUGGACAAGGACAAUCACCGUGUGCAAAUAUUUACUGCCAGCGGCGUCUUCUUACUCAAGUUCGGCAGCUACGGCAAGGAGUACGGCCAGUUCCAGUAUCCGUGGGAUGUAGCAGUGAACUCGCGCCGCCAAAUUGUGGUUACCGACUCGCGCAAUCAUCGUAUCCAGCAGUUCGACUCUGAGGGACGCUUCAUCCGCCAGAUAGUGUUCGACAACCAUGGGCAAACCAAAGGAAUCGCCUCGCCACGAGGCGUUUGCUACACACCCACGGGCAACAUCAUAGUGUCUGACUUUGACAACCACUGCCUCUACCUGAUUGACCCAGACAUCAACGACAUUCUUUCCGUGAAAGGACAUGAGGGAUCGGGCUUCCAUGAGUUUAAUCGACCCUCCGGCCUGUGCUGUGACGACGAGGGCCGCAUUAUAGUGGCCGAUUCCAAGAAUCAACGCAUCCUGGUCUUUAAUCAAAACCUGGACUUUAUGUGGGAUAUCGAGGUGCGACCCUCCAUCAAUCCCUUGAUGCCGCCCACGCUGGACGAGAAAGAUCGCACUUGCGAUGUGGCCAUAAUGCCAGACGGUCGCAUUGUGUUCCUCAUUGAACUGUCGCCAGACUCCAAAGAAGGGUCAAACCCUUACAAGCGGUUUGUGCACGUAUUCUAAAAAGGCCACGAGUGCCGAUCUUUUUUAGACCAUUUACAAAAGCUAAACGUUAGCGUAGAGUUCCAAAUAACAGAACGAUUAUAAACAGGUGCCGAAACCGAUUUAAUAAGGAAAAAAUCUGAAAUCAUGAAAAUUAGCGAAAAUUUUUAGCUUAAGUGCUACAACGAUUACCUCGAUAUUGCUUAAGAGUUAUGGUUACGAUUUGGUAAUUUACAAUACAAUACGAAUUACACAUAUGUAUCUAUGGAUAUAUAUAUCUAUACGCAUAUGCAUAUAUCUAGCGAAUAUACAAGCCCAACCAACUAGAACUAUAACUAAAACAAAAACUAAAGAAAAAGGCAGUUGAGUAGGAUUUAGGAGAUAUAUAGACGUAGGGUCCGUAAGCAUUCAGUAGAGUUACCGAACCUAGUAAAAGAUAAAGCAAAAAGGGAACUCAACCAUUUACUAGAUGAAAAUAUUAUUACCAGUUAGUUAGACUGAAAGGCAGUUUGCUAGCUGAUAGAAGGAGGUAUGAACAGUCGGCGAUUGUGUUUUUUACAGAGUUGCUUAGCAGAAUGAGGAAACUACGCUCGACAAAAGUUACUAAACAUGAUUUGCAGAAGCACUGUGGAAUGGUAUUAAUGUUUGUAUUAUAUUUAUAAUUUGUUUGUUUAGUUCUGUUUUGCGUUUAUUUUAAAAUUAAUUUUUUUGGGACAAUUGUAUUUUUAUAAUUUUCUUAUAAUUGAGACUGAGCAUUUGAGAACCCGAACUUUGUGAAAGGAAGCAAAGCAAAACAAAGAAACAAACAAAAACCAGAAAAUAUGGAAGGAACUCGCUGACUUUUCGUUGAACUUUAUAUAAAGACUGAUUAACUAAACCGCAAUUUCGGAGCCAACUAAAGAACCAUAUAUGGUAAGGCCAAAAUAAGUGAAAAAAGCAAAACUCCUAAAUUGCAAUGACAUUGAUAACGUAAAGUAAUUUAAAAUAGCUUAACAUACAUACUUUCGCACAUAAAGCGAUACAGAUAUCAUAUAGACCCGAUCAUCAAGUCACGAAUCAUAAUGGGCAUAGCUGAAACCGAGUUUAACUGACAGUCAUCGACAUUUCCCCACUCAUUCAUACCGAUCAUGCAUCACAGGGCUUUGGUUUGUGUCGUUACUUUGUAAUUAUUGUGAAAGGAUUUACCUACAGGAUACACGGCAGGUUGAAAGAAGGAAGGGUUAGCUAAAAUUGGAGGGAGAUUUGGGAACUUAAAAAACAAACCUGAAACAAAAUAACGAAGAAGUUAUAAUUUUUGACUCAAUGUGUUCAUUAGCAUUUAGUAGACUUAGCGGGCGUGGCAUAGUUAAAACGUAUGGAAAAUCCAGAGCAAUAUAAGGGCGUAUUGAAUACACAUUUAGGUGACAUGUUCCUCGCAAAAGUAACAAAUAAAACAAAAACAAAACGAUGAAACUUAAUAAAGUCAUGGACAACGCAUGAAUUAGCUGAAUUAUCUGUCUAGAGGUGGAACGAUUUUUAAUAGCAAAAUGUAUACACACACGUAGAGCCGACUAGGACCGAUUGCAGGCUAAAGACCAGGCGUGGAUUGUAAAAUGUAUUAGACAACUUAGUUACUUAGUUUACGUUAUUUUCUUACUGUUUUGAGGCGUUCACGUUCUAUUCUUUGUACUUGUGUUCAAACCCGACUUCAACAGAUCGACGAAGAGAUGAUACAUAGCUAACACUCCUUCCAAAAAUAAAGCAAGAUUGCAUAAAAUGCGCAAAACAAACAAAAACCCUAAAAUCUAAAAUCUAAAUCACUAAACUAACCUAAAGAAAGAUGCAAAAAUGCCGACGGCUCUACGAGAGCGGUGGCAACAAAAAACAUAUACAAUAUUUAUAUACACAUAAUAUACACCAGAAGGCAGGGCGCAAGAACCCACUUAGAGCUAUAUAGAGUAGAUAUCGUAAUUAUUUUACACCUUAGUUUAGCCAGCCCCCGGGCAGAGAUCUCGGGGACACACACGAUCGCCAUAAUAUACUCGUAACCUCAUUUUAUCCAAUCGUACACCUUAAAGCGCCGUUCAUUUCUUGUGAUCCAGAUCGAAUCAUUCAAAACACUCGCACACAAAGCGCACGCAGGGCAUCCCCAUAUAACGCAUGUAUAUAUAUAUCAUAAAUAUCGCAUCGUUUCGGGCCUAGCGACAUCUGAGAGAAUGCCAUAUUUUAUAUUUGUGUGAGAUUUACUAAACCAAUACUAAAGAACUAAUACUUAUAUCAUUACAAAUGAGCGCCGUUUUCUAAAAGCCACAGUUUAGAAAUUGUGUAAAAAAUAAAAAAGUGAAAAAACAAACAAAAAACAUAAACUACAAGCGAAAACAAAUAGGAAGGACAAUUAUUGAGAUUUAAGCGAAUAACGAAUGCCAUAAUUCAAAAUAUAAAGCAUUUCAAUGUAACGUAUAUAUCUAUAGAAUAAUGAGUAUGUUAGGCACAACCAAUUACUACAAGUCAUGAGGAUACUGAACAAUUUGCCAAAGGCUAAGAAUCAAAAUGAUAUAUGAGAAACCAAUAACUUACAUAACUACUACACUCAAAUACACACAUUCAUAUAUAAAUAACUUUUACAAAAUACAUACCAAAAAUACUUAAUUAAAUGCAAGCAGGUAUUUUUUCAAAUAAACCGAAUAUUCCAAAAACACGUUGCCCAUUUACACCUACGAAUAAUUCUAAUGCAAACAAAAUGCUCAUAUACACGUAGCUACUAAUGUAAUUAAAAGAACACUAAACGAAUCCAAAACUUAAAUCAGGUAUUCAAAUUUUUUUCGUAUUACUUAGGCUAAAAUAAAGCGAGUCGGCGAACCUUAUGACUAAUAAUCAUCCUGAGAUGAUUUCAAAGAUUUUCAAAGAUAUAGUAAAAAGCGAACAUUGCGAAACCCACAUAACUAUUUACUAAGCAGCGUUUUAUAACAAACAUAACAAAUCGAUUGACGAUGCUAAAGCAAACGGAAUGAACUUAUCAAAAUACAAUUUUGAGUAAUACUUUUAUCGACAAAUGCAAAAGAAAUUCUCGGCCAGCACAGAGAAACGAUUUCACUAGCUACUAAAAAGAUCUUUAAAAUUACGUACUAUGCAUACAUAUAUAUUUUGGCGCGAUCAUUUAGUCAUUAAGUUUCUAAGAAGACACCCACGAUUGUAACUAAAUUUAAUGGCAUUUCUUAUUUGAAAAUUAUGAGCAUAAACAUACGCAUACGCAAACGCAUAAGCAUACAUACAUACAUACAUACAUACAUACAUACAUACACACAUACAUACACGUACUAACAUGUGUAAUAAUUAUGGAGCAAUUGAGUACAAAACGAGUACAAAUUUAAAUUAUAAGCCAGAUCAGACGACACGGACACACACAGAUUAAGUUACACCAUACAUGCUAGACCGACUGGAGGAGUGCAGCAAUUAAAAUAUUGGUAGGCCAGCUACUGGUUUCGCAUAGCAAGUACUGCAUGUAUUCAUAUAUUCAUAUUCUAGCGAAGGAUUCAUCGAAAUAGCCAGCAUACUAACCACACUUACAAGCAUAGUCGCAUACAUACAUAGUUACUUAAAAUAGGCUAGCCUAACCCCGCAUACUAUUAUGUCUAUCUAGGGCAAACGACUACCAAAUUACCAAAUUAUAAAAUUACCAAGAUCCCUCUCUAGCCCUCUAAAUCUUCAAGUAUGAUUUGCUCUCGAUAGUUGGGCGAGAUCUCGUUUGGCACACCCAAAACGAUCUCAUACAUUUUCACCCACUCAGCAUUCUGCAUUCAGCAUCAGCGUACAUAGACAUAUUCAUAUGUAGGGGCGUGCGGGUACUAGGUACACCCACAAGUAAGCAGAUAUUAAGUCAAAAUACGGCGAUAAAUCGAAGUGUAAAGAGAUCUACCAAAUCAAGCGACAGAUUCAAUAACGAGUUGCAGUUUAAAAUUGUAAUUGUCUAGUUGUGGAAAGCGAGGAAAACGGAAACAAGCGCGGACCACGGGCUCCAACUGGUGCUGCGUGGUCUGCCACUUUUCUAUAUACAUGCAUACACAUACAUAUUUAUAUACCCAAAUAUAUAUAUACAAGCAUACAUAGGUGUGGACUUGACGAGACAAGAGUAAGAGUAUAUUUUAUACGAUAAACAAAUUUUAUAACAUAUUUAAUAAUAAAUUAUACACUAAUAAUUGUGGA